GGGAUGUUGACGAGGCUAGUCAAGGUAGUUACGGUAAGAAGUUCAAGGAUGAUGUUGCCGGGCUGAAGAUGCGGCACGACGGAGCGGGUGUGGUCGGGAUGUGCAAUACGGGGAAGAACUCCAAUACUUCGCAGUUUUAUAUAACGUUUAAGGCGACGCCGCAGUUGAAUGGCAAACACGUGGUUUUCGGAAGAGUGGUUGCCGGUAUGGAAGUGAUAGAACGCCUUAACGUGGAAUGCGCUGCUGAUGAUGAUGAAGGCAAGCCUCGAGUUGCCGCUGUAAUAGCAGAUUGCGGAAUCGUAAGUGAGGGCAAGAGUGGUAAGAAAUGA